CCAAUCCUGUUACAGUGAAAAUUUGAAUUUUAGUAGAAAAAAUGGCAUCUAAACGAGAAGCAGAAAGGCUUGAAGACGAGAACCGCACCCUGUGUCAACGACUUUCUCAUGUUGAGUUUGACUUGAAACGGAAAGAUGAUGCUCUGAAAGCAAGCAACCUCCGGAAGUCGGAACUAUUAACUGACAUUCGAGAUUACCAGUUGAAGGUUAAGGAACUAAAGGUCCAGUUUGAACGAGCACAGGAAGCAGAGUUAGAGGCAAAGGGAUCCGCCCACGACAGCCGGCAGGAUCGGGAAAGCCUAGAGACCCAGCUCAGGGACCAGUCGACUUCAUCCAAGUCAGCCAUUGCUAGUCUACAGUUGGAAAUAAAGACACUCAAGUCUAAACUUGCAAAAUCGGAGGAAAAAUGGUUCGCAUUGGACGAGAAACUUCAUAUGAAAGAUGAAACUAUCCAUGCCCUCAAAAAUGAAUCAACUAAACGAGGUACCCACGAGUCCUCUCGGGUAGCCAACCUCAACCAGACCUUAAUGAAGUCAAAGCAAACGUGCACUCAACUCUCAGAAGAAAACGAUCAUCUCAAAUUGCGGGAGAGGGAACUCAUCCAAAAAUUGGGGGAAAUUGAGAAAGAACUGAUGGAAAAAUCGAAAGAAUUGGCAGCGGUACCAUCCCUCUCACGGACGUACCCCGCCACCCCCCUCAGACGAGGCUCACACCCUACCCCCAGUACACCUGCCGGACCCCUACCAGGGGGCACCCUUGUAGAUUCAUUGCAAGCAGACAAUGCCAAGCUUAAACGGGAUCUCGAAUGUAUACACACAAACUUUCAAUUGACCUCUCAGAAAUCUCAACAGCUCAAAAAAGAAAAGAGUGAAAUGGAACAAUCCAUGCAAGAAUUGCAGACCCUCUUUGAUAAGGUGGCCGGAGAGAAAGACGAUUUUCAGCUGAAAUUCGAAAAAGCCAAAAUUGCUAUGGUCAAUAAAUGUGGAACCCAAUCAGAAGACAGAGAAAAGAUUCAAACCAUGUCAAACACAAUAGCUGUGCUCGAAGAGGACUUGGACAAAUUUCAGAAGCAGAGUAUCGAACUUCAAGAGAAGCUACAGCACGAGCUCAGUCGUUCCCUAGAGUUCCAAGAUGUGAUUGAGAAACUUGACAAACAAACUGAAGCUCUCAAAGUGGACAAAUCAUCACUCCAACUCAAACUUGACGACACCCUUGCCACACUGGAGAGAAUUGAGAACGAUUACACUAGCCUGCAUAGCUCAACUCAAUCCACCUCUGAUGCCAGGACUAGAAUGGGUGAACUGAAAAAGAUGUAUACCGGUCAACUAGAUGUCUUGAAACGUGAGAAAAACGAAAUUGAGCAAAAACUCGAAGCCGCUGCCAAGUGUGUGGAUGAAGCCCAAGACCAGAUAAGCUCUCUGACCAAAGGUAAAGAACCUCUUGAAAUUAAAGUGUCUGCCCUUGAAGCUCGAAACAUUGCUCUCAUGAGGGAAAACAAAACUCUAACUCGUUCCUCAACCAGCGAAGCUAGCGGCCUAUCGUUGAAAUAUGUUGAACUGUCUGAACAAUCGGAGGACAAGGAAUCUCGUAUCCAGGAAUUAGAAGCAGAUGUGCUCAAACUAAAAGCCCAAAUUCAUGAUCUCGAGAAGACAAAAUCUAAACUAUCCCGUGAGGCUAGUCGCAAUUGGGACCUUGCCAACAAGUUGCAGAAAGCAUUGGAAAUGCAAGAAACAUCAAAUUUUGAACUUGAUGAAGUUAGAAAGCAAAAGGCCCACCAGUGUACUGUGCUCGAGGGUGAACUUGACAAGAUGAAGAUCGAAUUGACAACAGUUCAGAGCCAAAAAACAGCUCUAGUGGACGAAAGAACGAAAGUUUUGAACAAAAUGGAAGAAUUGGAGCAAAGUAAUUUCGAGCUCACCACAAAAUUGGAUGGUAUUGAAUUUGAUACUGAAUCAGCUAAAAUGUCCUCAUCUGAAGCUCAAGAAAAAAUAUCCGAUUUGGAAGACACGUUGAGAUCAAUGAAAGGCAUGCUACUCGAGAAAGAAGCUCAAUUGACAUCUCUAAAAUUCACAAACGAAAUACUAGAAGGUGAAAACUCUACCCUCUUAUCUCAAGUCACGUCCCUCUCUGAAAUGGUGUCCUCCCGAAACGAGAAAAUCGAAUCACUCCAAACCCAACUAUCAAAAUAUGACCUGGAAAUGGGAGAGAUUGCCGAAACCAUUGCUGAGCUUGAAACUGUCCAUGGAUCAUGUGCUCAAACCAAGCAAAUGUUAGACGACAAAAUUGAUUCUCUUAAAGAUCGUCUCCAAGAAGCUUUGGACUUCAACAAAGAAGCUGAAAUGAAGAUUCUCUCACUAAAGCUUGACAUGAAGCAGAUUCAAGAAUGUAACAAUGGUCUGGAGGUUAUAAAUACUGAGCUGCAAGAUAAAGUGCAAUCACAGUACACAAAGAUUGACGAUUUGAAUGAUUUGCAAGAAGAUUCUGAGAAGCGUAUCAAAAAGUUGGAGCUAGACGUUGAAAUGAAGUCUGACUCAUUGAGAGAGCUGCUCGAUCGCCCAGUAGCUCAAGGCUUGGAAAAUGUCACCUUUACAAAGAGCAAAGUGAAAGGAAUCUUGAAGUCUAGCAGCAGUGCACUGCGCCCCCUUCAGAACCUUGUAGACUGAUUAGCUGUUAGCUAGCACCUUACUUGUGUGAUAUCUUACUUAUGUGCAUCCCCUGUUAAUUACCUAUAAUGUUAUACUUGUGUAUUACUGUUGAUUAAAGCUCUUGGCACCUGAA